GGUUCCGUGGCUGCUAUGCGAAAAAAUCAUUUGGUUUCUUUCCCUCAUCCCUUCUCUCUCUCUUAUUGGCUGCUACUGCGUGCUCUGUGUGUGAGAGAGAGAGGAAAACUAGAAGAAAUACUCCAAUCAAGUGUGUCGAUAUUUAUUGGUAGCAAGUCUCAAUAAUUGCGAUGGGAAGAUCCCCUUGCUGCUCCAAGGUUGGCCUCCGAAGAGGCCCUUGGUCCACUAAAGAAGACACUCUUCUCGCCAAUUACAUCACCCAACACGGUGAAGGCCAAUGGAGAUCUCUCCCAAAGAAAGCCGAUCUAAUGAGAUGCGGCAAGAGCUGCAGGCUGAGGUGGAUGAACUACCUCCGGCCGGGGAUAAAGCGCGGCAACAUAAGCGAAGACGAGGAGGAUCUCAUCGUGCGCCUCCACGGCCUCCUCGGCAACCGCUGGUCCUUAAUCGCCGGCAGAUUGCCAGGUCGAACGGACAAUGAGAUCAAAAACUACUGGAAUACUCACCUCCUCAAGAAGCUCAACUCCUCCGCCGCCCCCCACAAGGACCUCCCCCACCUCGCCACCAAGCCCGCAAAGCACAAGAAGAAGAAGAAGAAGCCAACCCCUCCUCCGCCGCCGCCAAAGGAGGACGCUCCUCCGCCGAAGACGAAAGUGUGCGUGCCGAAGCCGAUCAGGGUGUCGUCGGCGUUCUCCCGCAGCAACAGCUACGACAGCUUGGCCUCCAACAGCGACGCCGCCUACGUGCCGGAGAAGGACCUCUCAUUCCCGCCGGUGCCGUGGCCGCCGAUUUUCGAGGACUACGGCUGCGCUGAUGAUUUCCUCGACGGAGGGUUUAUUUUGCCGGUGCUUAACCACUCCGGUUCCAUAUCAAGCGAUGUGAACAUGUUGGAGCAGGUCUACGAUGAGUACCUCCAGCUUCUCUAGAAGAUUUACUACUAAUAAAUAUGGAUUUUUUUUUAAAAUGUAAAUAAAUAAAAAAUAUGUAUGGUUGUGCGAUAAUAAACUACUUUUAUUCUUUUUUUCAUUUUAAA